UGAAACGUUAUAUUUCUUUAUACGGCAAUUAAUUUAUCGCGUCGAUCUCCUCGAAAACGUUGCAGAGAAUUUAGCGGUAUAACAUUUAGUCCCGCUAAAACUUCAGCGCACUUUCAGCUGCCAUGGUAGAAGGAAGUUGUGAACUUUCCUUCAAUCAAUGUUUCGUGUUUACAAAAAUUAUUGUUCUACGCGGUAUUUAUUACAAAUAAAGGCUACGUAAAAAUGAGUGUACGCGUGAAAAUUAACGAGGCUGACAAAUGUAUUUACGAAAAUAAUAACUGCAUAACGUCGAGUGCGAAUAAUUUGAGUGGCUUAAUUUCUUGUCUGAAAGAUACGCAAGUUGAAAUCAACGAUUUUUUAACUAGUCUCGUGGAAAGGCAGAAUAGCUCCGCGAAAUCAGAAAAUCAAAUAACAUCCGAUACUGAUUCAGAUUUCGACGACGAGACCGAAGUUAAUCCAAAGAAAUCUAAACUGGCCGACUAAUAAUUUACAUGAGAAAAAUUUGCAUAUAAUCGGGAUAUUACGUGAUUAUUAUUCUAUAAUGUAUCGUCACAAUGUCAUGCGUGUUCCUAAAUGAAAAGUUGUGAUGGUCAAAAACAUUUCGAGAUCAAGACAUAGUGAAAAAAUACGUGAUAGAACAUGUCUGCCAUGCUCUCGAAUGAGGCCCAACAACGGUAUGUGAUAGAAUGGUUCCAAGAAUGGUCCGAAAUGCAAAGAAGCGACUUUCUGGACGUGCUUCUGGAGCAGUGUGGCCCUUCAGGUCUUGUCAAUGGACUGCUAUCCAAAAUGGAAAGCUUAGGACAUUCAAAUGAGUCCGACAGACCUCCGAGUCUGUUUCAAUGUCGUGUGAAGUUGUUUAGGGAAUGGAGUCACAAUUGGUCUCAGCAGGAGAAAGAUUCCUUGCUUUUAUCAAUCAAGAAUUCUGAUCCUGCUUUUGCUAAGAAAUACGAUGAGAAAAUCUCGGCCUUGAUAGGCGAAGAAGGAAAGAUCAAUUUGCAAAAUAAGCAAGAAUUCGAGAUCGCGUCCGACACGAAAGAUUACGACGAGCUGAGUGAAAAUGAAAUGAUACAACCUGGUGAUUUAACGAACUUGAAAGCUUAUAUAGAGGACGACAGCAGAUACAGGCCGUUGCAUUCGUUCGUAGAAAGUUAUAACAAACAGGAAGAUAUGAAUAAAAUACAGAACACGAAUAUGUUCUUCAACGUAAAACCAAAAAUAUGGGAAAGCUCGAAUGUGGAAGAUGAUGUACCAUUCGUUGCUGGUUUUAAGGAAGAUCUGGAUAAAAUUGAACAAGAAGAAAAUUUCAAAUGAUCAUAAAAAUAUGAAACGGGCAGUUUCUUCAGAUGAGGAAGACGAUGGCAUAGAACCAGGCGAAGAAGCAUACGAUUAUCACAAGUUCAAAGCAGAAU